GUCAGACAGAUUUGCCCGACGAGGGUCUCGAGGCAACGCUGAAGGCAAUCACCUUGAAUGAAGAUUUCCUCGACUUUGAUACCCAGCUGCCACAUCCAAGUGACAUCGCUGUUGUGAACCACUUCUCACUGAACCAGGUUCGCUCAGAGGACAUCACGUUGAAAGAGGAUAUUGGAAGUGGCUUUCUGAAUUUGAUAGAUUUCGGGAACGAGUCCCAGAGCAUCAGCGCUGGGCUGCUGGACUUCCAGGGCUUCUCUCAACAGGGAGACGGUUUUGGGGACGAGGACAGAGAAGGAGACUUCCUGGACUUCCUGACAAACUGUGAAAUCUCUGAGUCUAACCUCAUCCCAGAAGAUCCUCGGCAUGAAAAUACACACAUCUCAACACUCGAGGAUCAACAAGACGCUGAUUGGACAGAGGUGGUGAUCCCGACUCAAGACGAGACCACGCUGCUGGCCAACGAGGAGUGCGGCUUCGCACUGGACCCUGUGCCAGUCACUCCAAACUCUGAGAAGAGGAGGGGGAAGAGGCAACGCAGGCUGGUGGUGGAUCAGAGCAAAGAGCUGAGCAACGAGGCGAUCAGAGAGCAGAUCUCAAACUGCUCAGAUCUGAUCGCUUCUCUGGACAUGGCCCCCCCGACCGUGCAGCUCAUGGAGUGGAAGGAGAGCGGCAGGGCGGACAAACUGCUUGCUCAGCUGUGUUCAACUGUAGCAGCGCCACAGAUAAAGAAGCUCUUUGCCAAGACUAUUUUCCAGAUGAAACCCUCAGGUGUGCAUCAGGAGGACGAGGUGAUGCGCGCGGAUGGAGGAGAUGCUCAGAGGGACAUCUUCACGGACGUCACCGUCAUAGAUUCAUCGAUAGAUCAGGAAACAACGCACAACACGGAUGUGAGCGAACUCGGUCACAUGACUGAUAAUCAAGGGGAGAAUAACUUUGUGCUCCGAAAAGAUGGGAACACGUCUGAGUUCACUCAUCCUGAACUUCCCUCAGAAGACUCCAUGUUUGCCAUCCGUCCUGCCUGCAGACUCAGUCGUCCUCCCUCCACACUCAG